AGUCAGGAGAAGAAGAAGCAGCUUCGGCGGCGGAGCUGCCCUCCGUCGGCCAUGGAGCUGGAGGCCUCCGAGGAGGCGGGCAGCGCUGGAGGAGCCCAGGCCGGAGCCGGAGCCCUCACCCCCGAAGCCGGAGGAGGAUGGGGGCCGCCUCCGCCGCCAGACAACGCCGGAGGUCUGGCUCUGAAGAAGACGGUUCUAUCGGAGGCACCAUCGCUGACCGGGCAGCCAGGCGCUGGACAGGGAAAAAAGAUUGGUCACAGAGGGGUUGAUGCAUCAGGUGAAACGACGUACAAGAAGACCACAUCCACCACACUCAAAGGGGCCAUCCAGCUCGGGAUCGGCUAUACAGUGGGAAACCUCAGUUCCAAGCCCGAGAGGGACGUCUUGAUGCAGGACUUCUAUGUAGUGGAGAGCAUUUUCUUUCCCAGUGAAGGCAGCAACUUAACUCCAGCGCACCAUUACCCUGACUUCAGGUUCAAAACAUAUGCACCUGUUGCUUUCCGGUAUUUCCGAGAACUCUUCGGCAUUCGUCCAGAUGAUUAUUUGUAUUCAUUAUGCAAUGAACCCCUGAUUGAGCUGUCCAACCCUGGAGCCAGUGGGUCUCUCUUCUACGUUACCAGUGAUGACGAGUUCAUAAUCAAAACCGUGAUGCACAAAGAGGCGGAGUUUCUCCAGAAGCUGCUUCCAGGCUAUUAUAUGAACUUGAACCAGAAUCCCCGAACGCUGCUGCCAAAGUUCUACGGCCUCUACUGUGUCCAGUCUGGGGGCAAGAAUAUCCGAGUGGUGGUGAUGAACAACAUCCUGCCCCGUGUGGUGAAGAUGCACCUGAAAUAUGACCUCAAGGGCUCAACGUACAAACGCCGGGCAUCCAAGAAAGAGAAAGAGAAGUCAAGCCCCACCUACAAGGACUUGGACUUCAUGCAGGACAUGCCUGAAGGCAUCAUGCUAGACACAGAUACCUUCAGUGCCGUUGUGAAGACACUGCAGAGAGACUGCUUGGUGCUUGAGAGUUUUAAGAUCAUGGACUACAGCCUGCUACUUGGAGUGCACAACAUAGACCAACAGGAGCGGGAACGACAAACAGAUGGUGCCCAGAGCACUUCAGAUGAGAAGCGCCCCAUGGGCCAGAAGGCCCUGUACUCUACGGCCAUGGAGUCAAUCCAGGGUGGAGCUGCCCGUGGGGAAUCCAUCGACACAGAUGACACGAUGGGUGGUAUCCCAGCUGUGAACGGCAAAGGGGAACGCCUGCUCCUGCACGUUGGCAUCAUUGAUAUCCUCCAGUCCUACAGGCUCAUCAAGAAACUAGAACAUACGUGGAAGGCUCUAGUUCAUGAUGGGGACACUGUAUCAGUCCAUAGACCCAGCUUCUAUGCAGAACGGUUCUUUAAGUUCAUGACCAAUACGGUCUUCAGGAAGAGUUCCUCCCUGAAAGCCUCUCCCUCAAAGAAAGGGCGGAGUGCCUUGCUGGCGGUCAAACCCACUGGUCCAAUGGCUGCAUUUUCAGCUAGUCAAAUUCCCUCAGAGAAGGAGGAAGCCCAGUAUGACCUCCGGGGGGCCAGGAGUUACCCCACUUUGGAUGACGAAGGCCGGCCAGAUCUUCUUCCUUGCACUCCUCCCUCUUUUGAAGAAGCAACCACUGCUUCUAUAGCUACAACACUUUCAUCCACAUCUCUCUCCGUCCCUGAACGGUCCCCUUCUGAGUCCUCAGAGCAGCCCCGAUAUAGGCGGCGUACGCAGUCCUCAGGGCAGGAUGGAAGGUCUCGGGAACAGGUCCAGGUGGAAGAUGAACUCCAGCAGAUCACAGUGGAGCUGAAGCCCAAGUGUGACAUUGAGAUCGUGGUCCCUGAUGUUGCUGCUGCAGGGGAACCUGCCUCACUAGCAUGUGCCACCAUGCAGUCAUCCACAACAGCUGAGGUGGAGACGGCCAGUCAGGCUUCAGAGCCGGCCAGCCAAGCUUCGGACGAGGAGGAUGUGCCAGUCCCGGAUAUUUAUUUUUUCACGGAUGGAAGGUAUUGGAUUUACUCCCCUCGCCUGCGCAGGCUCCGAGCUGCCUCAGUUUCCUCUGAGGACCCACCGACAGAUGAGAGGAGCUGGGUAUACUCUCCUCUCCACUAUAAUACUCAAACCCAGUCAGUCUCCAAUGCGGAGAGUGAUACAUAACUUCUAUGCAAUUCCCCAUCACCAACCCAAGAGGAGUGUGCUCCACCUGCCACCAGAUUGAGGCAUACCUUUUCAGCUGGCCCUGUCACCAUUCUGACGGGAAGAAGCGGUGCUGGAAAGACAGAACGAAAAGCCGUGUUUAAGCGCAUCUCAUUCCUCCCUCGGUUCUCCAAAAUGUGUAUUUAUACCUGUCUCAAACUGUUGCCCCAUCAAGCACCCCUUGGGGCAGGGGAGGACACUGAAACUGAGCAGGGCAAAGAAUUUUGGGUAGUGAUACCAUUUUCAUCCUGAAGUGCCCUACUAUAGCUACCUAUCUGUAUGUGAUACUGUGAACUUCCUUUUUCUUCUUCUCCAAACCAUGUAUUUAUUUCAUUUCUCUUUGCAUAGACAUAGCACACAUGUGUAAGAAGACAAACCUUUAGUUGACUGCACUUCUGGGGCUUCCUGGGAGAGGGAGAGAAGGCAUUGUUGUGUUUGGCUAAGUAUCCUGGAUACUGGAGAGGAGGGGUCAUCCCUCAAAGAGAGAAACCCAAAAACAGAAGGAGGGAAGCAUGGCCCAAAGGGAAAGCUGGGGAAAAGCUGGCCACCAGUCUGGAGAACAAGCAGCCUUCAGUCAGUUUGCUUAGUUGCAGCUGAGCUCAGCAUGGAAGAACCUUGAAAUGCACAAAAGAGCUUCCCUGAAACUUCUCCAGUGUCUUUUUUGAGUUGAAUUUUCUUUCCAAAGCAAGCAAACCCAUUGACUAAUGUGGGUUUACACAACAAUAACAAGAAGAACUCUGUUGGCUUCCUUUUGCUGGUGUGGCACUAUGGAGAUCCUGACUGAGGCAACAAAAAAUGGCAUCUGGAGGUGGCUUAGAAAAGAACCCGUUUUCCUGGACUUGCCACCUACCACAUUUGAAUCACAUUCUCAAGAGAGUCCCUAUUCUCCUGACAAAAAGGCAUGUUGCCGCUCCCAAAACAUUUGCUCCCCACAUUCUUCAAGCUGUUCUGAUGUAUCUCUUGUCCCACCUGCCAGAUGUGCCAAUAGCAGCUGGACCGGAUCACAAGAGACUUGUGGACUUUGCCUUCAUUUUGCAUUCCAUCCUGAAGCCAAGUCAGCCUGAGCUGCAGGCUGUGGCAAGCAGAAGACACAGCAUGGACCUGUAGGAAGAGGGAUGGAUGGGCCUGACUCAAUAAGUUGGACAGCUUUGAACAAGGAAUAGCUUCCCAUCUAACAGUCUCAGGACAAUCUAUUCCAUUUUUAGUGGUGAGGCAGCAAAUGCAGCAGAGGUAGGCAGCUUGCAGCCUUCCAGAUGUUGGUGGACUGUACUUCUAGCCCACAUAGCUAAUGAUGAAAGUUGCAGUCCAAUCACAUCCAAAGGGCUACUCAUUCCUCACCAUUGAGAAUACAGAUUCGGCAAAUUUCCUGCCCCCCCCCCCCCCCCCCGUAAAAACAACCCAGCUCCACUGUUUAAGGCACUAGGCUAGGGGAUUGCUUAACACAUCAAAAGAGAGGCAGGGUGACAAUCUGCUGAAUUUGGGUGCACUUUUGCACCAAGCCAACCUUGAAACAGGAUGAAAAUCAUCACAUUCUUGAGGCUGACAGCAGUUGCAGAAGGAUGCAUUCCACAGCUGUGAGCGCAUUCUGUGUUGGGGUGUGUGCAUGCACAUGGAACUCUCCUUUGAUCAGAUGUUCUUUUGUUACAAGGGCGGGGGACAGCUGCUCAAAAUAGCAGCUCUUCACAAAAGAAGAGGCUGCCUCAUCAAUGCAUCAUUCAAAAGAAACCAGAUCAUGCUGCUCCACUCCAGAUGGCUGGAUAGCUGACUAGGAAUGGCCUCCCCAUUCAGUCCUAGUCAUGUUCAUCUUGACAUGUUUCCGUCUCUGCAGAUGUCCCACCCGUACGAAAUGUCUUUUCCUUGUUCACUUGGGGAAAGCACACCACAAGGUGAGAAAUCUUCCACUCUUCUUGUUGCAACCACAACUCCCAGCAGACUGACCAUACCACAGGCCAAACAGCACUUUUUGGAAUUGAAAAGAAAAGAAAGCAGUACCACCCUUUGGAAUUAGCUUGCCCAAAGCAGAGAGGCAAGCAAAGCAUAUUGUUUACUCUGCAUCAAGUUGUAGCUUUGGAGGAGAAUUUUUGGUCAAAUUAGCAAGAUAAAAGGACUCUUUAAAGAGCAAAAAUUUGAAGCUUCCAAGACCCACAAGGAGCCAUAGAAACGCACCAAGCUUCCUAUAGAUCUGCAGUUGAAGGAUGGAGGCAAUGAAAAGUCUCCUAGGGAAUUAAUACACAUUUAAUUCACCCAAGCACUCAUUGCUUUAUGGGGAUGAAGUUUCUGAAAACACAUUCAAUGGAGACAUGAGAGAUCCAUCCAUUUUACCUGUAAACUCGGCUUAAUGAACUGGGGACGGCUACCUGUUGUUUAUCUAUUUAUUUCAUCAUUCUUCUAGCUGGCAAAGUCUUUCUGCUUCUGUGUGGAAGAAUCUCCUCCAGUCCACUCAUCUCCUUUGCCUCUGCCAUCCUUAAGAGUGUCACUCAGCAAGAUUUGGAGUUUCAUGGAACUCAGAAUUGGGGCAGAUUCUGGGGUUGCCUCUUGCUUUUGUGGCAGGAGCACAGAGCUUAUUUGUGACCAGUUAGGUCAAGCUGGAAAAGGAAGGCACCUCUCCCUCAUGUCCCUUACCAUAAAGCACUCCAGGAUAAUGUUAAGAUCCAGGGCCAUAAAAACCAAGGUGAUAAUCCCCUUUCCAGGACUGCCAGUUUGCAAUUCAAGAAGAGCAGUUACAACAUCCAACCCCAAAUCAGAGGGAAAAUGCCUCUGCCUCUCCACCAUCUCCGUUGGAAAGAGAGAUUGCCCCACGUUUGGACAGAUCCUUAGAGAUUUCGGCUGGUAGCUAUGCCUCUUUUCCUCUGUGACAUCUUGUGGACAGAGCCACCUCAUCGGGGUUUGGAUUCGAGUGUCUUUUAUCGGAGUGGCUGAGCUUGGGGAUGUCCUCUCUUAGGCGGUGUAGCUUUUGACAGGGAAAAGAAAAACCCCUUCCAACGCAAGCCCACUUCGAAGGAUGACCAACUUCUCUUCCGCAUCCCUCCCCAAAUUUCAGCAGAAGGACAAAUCAGUUCUCAGGCCAACGUGGGGGAAACUAUAGCUGAUUUGACUAUUUUUAGAAGUCUACAUUAGACCCUACUGUGUUAUGUAUAUAAAUAUAUAUAUAAAUUUUUUAUUAUUAUUUUUGUCUUGUUGCAAAAAAAAGGUCAUUUUUGUUUUGAAACACCUGUCCUGUUAAUGUACUGUUCGCUGCUGCUGGAUCUUGUUUUUAAAUGGCUUAUUCGUUGGAGAUUUCCUCCCCUUGCCAUCUUGCCAGACAUUUUGAUCAUUGUGUAUGAUGAAGCUCCGCAGCCACUGUGUUGUCAGAUGUAAAACCAGAGGCUGUGUCUCGCUCUUUCUCUCUGUGGUCCAAAAGAUCUGGAUGACCUAGCUGGCAUCGCUGUUGUGUAUAUACCAAACAUAUAUACACAAAUGCAUCCCAGAAUAAAACCAUUGCAGGUUUUUUUCUUCGUGUUCCAACCCUGUAAAUAACUUCUGAAGGAUGUGAUGAUUAUGCCCUCAGUUUGUCUGAACUUAGGGAAACCUGCAACUCUCCUCGUUCUGGACUACUCUGCCCAUCAACCCUGGCCAACUGUCAUGGACCGUGGGAUGAGUUGUUCCAGACCAUCUAGAGAGAACCAGCCCAGCCUGCCUACCUCUAGUCUGGAUUUUGGGAGCAUGGACUAAUGCAGUGGCUCUCUAGACCUAAACCUCACCCUACUCUACCCAUGACCAUGGCCCCCAUGCUCAGGGAGUGCGGGAGUUGUAGUCUAAAACAUCUGGAUAACCUGGGUCCAACAACAUUGUCCAACAUAUCAUUGGCCUGACAUGCCAUCUUAGAUGGGAAUUAGCAUUUGGAGUGCCACAGGUCCCCUGCAAAGUGUGUGCCCUAUGGGCUGGAUGUGGGCUCCCAGGUUUUUUUAAACAUAUUUUUGACCCUAAAUACCACCAUUUUACCAUAUUUUAUGCCCAUGGGCUAUUUUAGAGCCAGGAUGGGUUUGUUUUUUUCUUCUUCUAAAACUGAAAACAGUGGGAAGUGCUUCUGGUCAGUUCUGGUUGCUAUAAACAGGCCUUUCCUGUACAGUACCUAAAAUGCCAUGGGGAACCCAAAAUGUGGUAAUACUACUCCCUGUUUAUGGGACCAAAACUGAUUGGAUUUUUUUCCCCCCAAGGUGGGAGUAUGGGUCUCCAAAAUGUCUGUUGGAAGGGCUAAUGCAGUUCAUCUUCUCAAAACCUCUUCCUGAAACCCAAAGUUUAUCCUGUUGAGGGCCUUUAAAUGUUGCAUUUUUGUUCUGGAGAGAGUAUUCUGAAAAUACAUCCUUUCUCUUACCUCAACAGUGAUUAAGACGGGACCCUCUGGGCAUAAGUGCGCUCCUACCUCUCCUGCCUUGAUGGCCAGUCUGGCUGGGGUUGAUGGGAACUGAGUGGUUGCAGGUCUCCCAUAGCUGUGCUCUGUCCAUCGGGAGACCUUUCCUCAAUUGGCACGUGAUGAUUUCCACUUUGUGGCAUUGCUUCUCCCUCCCCCGGAGUUGGCAUCUGUGUCUGCCUGUGGAGCCCCUGACCUCCCGGAUCGAUCCAUGGUGCUCUUCCCUUCAGCGACAGACUCUCCCAGGGCUGCCUCCAUCCCAUCCAAACUGUGUCCUGGUCUAACACUGGGUGUGAUCCCUUUGGAAUUAAGUUACAUCUAGCGUGGCUGUCCUCAUUGCCAUUGUUUUUACUAUGUAAUUUAUUAUCAAACAUUUAUUUAAGACAAUUUUAGUAUCUUCUCCUGCCUGGUAGUCAGUGGACAAUCCAUUAAGCUUGAGGUUAUCGUCUGUCCCCCCUCCCCAUCUCCUGCUACCCUGCCUCCCCCCCAAAUUUCCCUGAUCUGCAACCAACUUCCAUAUUGAUAUAUACAGAAUCAUGCAGAAAAGAAGUCUCAUAUACAGUGUUCCUCUUUAGACAUUCCUUUCUCCCCGCCUUUAUUUUUUGGAAAUACCUAAUAAAAUAGGAUGGUUCAAUCGC